AUGCCUUCAGCUACCUCGUUUGCUCAGCAUACCUCUGACCACUAUGGCAAUUACGAAAAGGACCGCCAGACCAAGUCUCAGGAUGUUCUCUACACGACCAGCAACGGUGUCCCCAUGCCCCAUCCCUAUGAAGCACAGCGAAUGGGCGAGAAUGGUCCGCUCUUGUUGCAAGAUUUCCACCUGAUUGACCUCAUAUCCCACUUCGAUCGAGAGCGCAUCCCAGAAAGAGUGGUGCACGCCAAAGGCAGUGGUGCUCACGGUGAAUUCGUCUGCACCGACCCUCUGGACGACCUCUGUUCAGCCGAUAUCUUCAGCGCCAAGGGCAAAAAAUGUCCACUUACGAUUCGUUUCUCGACGGUCGGUGGCGAGUCCGGCUCUCACGAUCUAGCUCGUGACCCUCGAGGUUUCUCUGUGAAGAUGAGGACUGAUGAAGGCAAUUGGGACAUCGUAGCCAACAACACUCCAGUCUUCUUCCUGAGAGAUCCAGCCAAAUUCCCGCACUUCAUUCAUACCCAAAAACGUGACCCACAAACCCAUCUCAGCCACUCGGACGACAGCACUGCUUUUUGGGACUACCUCUCUCAGAACCCUGAGUCUAUUCAUCAGCUCAUGAUACUGAUGGGUGAUCGAGGUAUUCCUGAUGGCUACCGUUUCAUGCACGGGUACCUCGGCCACACCAUCAAGCUCAUUAACAAGAAUAACGACUGGGUUUACUGUCAGCUCCACAUGAAGUCUAUGCAGGGUAUUAAGUUCAUUACGCAAGAAGAUUCCGCCAACUACUCGCCAGAUUACUCGCAAAAGGAUUUGUUUGAAGCCAUCGAGAAGGGCGACUAUCCCCGGUGGUCCGUUGAGGUUCAGACUAUGACUCCCAAGGAGGCGGAGGAGCUCUGGGAGAAGCAAAAGAUCAAUGUCUUCGACCUGACCCAUGUCUGGCCUCAGAAGCAAUUCCCUCGCCGGAAGGUUGGCGAGAUGAUUCUCAACGAGAAUGUUCGAAACUACUUUGCCGAAGUCGAGCAGGCUGCCUUCAACCCAUCUCACAUGCCGCCUGGCAUCGAGCCAUCCGCUGACCCCGUCUUCCAAUCUCGCCUUUUCUCCUAUCCAGAUACUCACCGCCACCGCAUUGGCGCCAACUACCAGCAGCUGCCCGUCAACGCCCCACGAACCGGGUACAUGCCUGGUAAUUUCCAGCGUGACGGCCAGAUGGCCUUCUUCAACCAAGGAGCUCGUCCCAGCUACCUCAGCUCCAUCGAGCCCAUCCGGUUCCGUGAGCGCACAAUUGAUCUUGACAAAGCACACAGCCACUUCACCGGCAACGCCGUCUCCUUCCUCUCUGAAAUCCGUCCCGAGGACUUCAACGCCCCACGCACCCUGUGGGAGAAGGUCUUCGAUGACGGCGCCAGAGAACGUUUCGUCAAUAACGUUGCUGGCAAGAUGGCGGUGUGCCCAAAUAAGGAGAUUUUGAAGAGACAGAUUGCCAUCUUCCGCGAAGUCAGUGAUGAGCUGGCCAAGAGGCUGGAGAAGGCAACUGGAAUUGAAGGGUACGAGGGGAUUGCUACCAUGCAAUUCAAUGGCACACACAACGGAAUGGCCAAGGAUCAGAAGCUUAGAAAUGCCAAUGGUAUGAAGUCCAAGGUUGGUGUUUCGGUCUCGGUGAACAAUGGUGCACCGAGACGAGGCACCCAUAAAGGUUUGGAGGAGAAGGACACCGACGGAACCAAUGGUACCAACGGCACGAAUGGUGCUCACUAA